GUGCCUCGCGCGCACACGCUCCGCGUUCACUCAGCCAAUCCGGUGCUACUCGCGCGCCCAGGAGCGAUCCGCGGACCUACUCAGGCUGGGCCGGCUCCUUCCCGCUCCCAAUACUCAGCACCCGAGCUCUCACUCCUCCCCUCACUCUCCACGAGUUCCACGCCUAGGGGUGUAGCUCCGCCCUUGUCCCCGAGUCCGCCCCCGCAACCUCUAGAGCGUGUGCUAUCCUUUCCUCUCAGUCCUGCCAUCUAGCUGCCUUGGGUCUCGCGCUCCGCACAGCGUUCCGACUCUCUCCGGCCUCGUUCUGCCGCCUCCGCGCGCUCUCCCCGUGCGGCCACCGCGCCCCCCAAGCUUGCCUCCUUCUUGCCGGACUUGGGGCCGCGCGCCCUGACUCCUCCCCUUCCCGCGGACCCGCGCACUCCCGGCGCGGCCUCUCCCCUACGCAGGCCACCGAGCACUCUGCGGCCUCCCCCUCCUUCCCCGCUCUCCUCGCGCUUCUCUGGCUCCCUAGCUGUCGCGCUCUUCUCGGCGAGCGCGCUCCCGGCCCGCGCGCUCCGGGCUCCGGUUUCUCCCGGCUCCUGUCAGUGCGGUGACUGCGCUGGGAAACAUGGCGACCGAGGGAAUGAUCCUUACUAACCACGACCAUCAAAUCCGUGUCGGAGUCCUUACAGUGAGUGAUAGUUGCUUCAGGAAUCUUGCAGAAGACCGCAGUGGGAUAAAUCUCAAAGAUCUCGUACAAGAUCCUUCUUUGUUGGGUGGGACUAUAUCAGCAUACAAGAUAGUACCAGACGAAAUAGAAGAAAUCAAGGAAACCCUGAUAGAUUGGUGUGAUGAAAAGGAACUUAAUUUGAUAUUAACAACUGGAGGAACAGGAUUUGCACCGCGAGAUGUCACUCCAGAGAAAUUCCCAACAUUCCCAUUUUGUGGGCUCCAGAAAGGGGCCACAAAAGAAGUAAUAGAACGGGAAGCACCAGGGAUGGCCCUGGCAAUGCUGAUGGGAUCACUUAAUGUUACACCUCUGGGCAUGCUCUCUAGGCCUGUAUGUGGAAUCAGAGGGAAAACGCUCAUAAUUAACCUGCCAGGUAGCAAGAAAGGAUCUCAGGAAUGCUUUCAAUUCAUACUGCCAGCUCUACCUCAUGCCAUUGACCUUUUACGUGAUGCCAUUGUAAAAGUAAAGGAGGUGCAUGAUGAACUUGAAGAUUUGCCUUCCCCACCUCCCCCUCUUUCCCCUCCUCCUACUACCAGCCCCCAUAAACAGACAGAAGACAAAGGAGUUCAAUGUGAGGAAGAGGAAGAAGAGAAGAAAGACAGUGGUGUUGCUUCAACAGAAGAUAGUUCCUCAUCACAUAUAACUGCAGCGGCCAUUGCUGCCAAGAAGCAUCCAUUCUACACCAGUCCUGCUGUUGUCAUGGCACACGGUGAACAGCCCAUCCCUGGUCUCAUCAAUUAUUCCCAUCAUUCAACAGAUGAACGGAUUCCAGACUCCAUCAUUUCUCGUGGUGUUCAGGUGCUCCCACGAGACACAGCCUCCCUCAGCACUACUCCUUCAGAAUCGCCUCGUGCUCAGGCUACAUCUCGCCUCUCUACAGCUUCCUGCCCAACACCAAAACAAAUUAGACGGCCGGAUGAAAGCAAAGGAGUUGCUAGUAGAGUUGGAUCCCUCAAAGCUCGGCUUCCCUCGUGCUCAUCUACCUAUAGUGUAUCUGAGCUCCACUCUAGAUUGGAAGGGCUUAAAGAUGAACUCUGGAGGAAUAGAGGCUACGACUUAAGAGUCCAGUCCAGGUGCAGCAGCAAGGAGAACAUUCUCAGAGCCAGUCACAGUGCUGUCGAUAUCACCAAGGUGGCUAGAAGACAUCGCAUGUCUCCUUUUCCUCUGACAUCUAUGGACAAAGCCUUUAUCACAGUCCUGGAGAUGACUCCGGUGCUUGGGACAGAAAUCAUCAAUUACCGAGAUGGAAUGGGGCGAGUCCUUGCUCAAGAUGUAUAUGCAAAAGACAAUUUACCCCCCUUCCCAGCAUCAGUAAAAGAUGGCUAUGCUGUCCGAGCUGCUGAUGGCCCAGGAGAUCGUUUCAUCAUUGGGGAAUCCCAAGCUGGUGAACAGCCAACUCAGACAGUAAUGCCAGGACAAGUCAUGCGGGUUACAACAGGUGCUCCAAUACCCUGCGGUGCUGAUGCAGUAGUACAAGUGGAAGAUACCGAACUUAUCAGGGAAUCAGAUGAUGGCACUGAAGAACUUGAAGUGCGAAUUCUGGUGCAAGCUCGGCCAGGCCAAGAUAUCAGACCCAUCGGCCAUGACAUUAAAAGAGGGGAAUGUGUUUUGGCCAAAGGAACCCACAUGGGCCCCUCAGAGAUUGGUCUUCUGGCAACUGUAGGUGUCACAGAGGUUGAAGUUAAUAAGUUUCCAGUGGUUGCAGUCAUGUCAACAGGGAAUGAGCUGCUAAAUCCUGAAGAUGACCUCUUACCAGGGAAGAUUCGAGACAGCAAUCGUUCAACUCUUCUAGCAACAAUUCAGGAACAUGGUUACCCCACGAUCAACUUGGGUAUUGUAGGAGACAACCCAGAUGACUUACUCAAUGCCUUGAAUGAGGGUAUCAGUCGUGCUGAUGUCAUCAUCACAUCAGGGGGUGUAUCCAUGGGGGAAAAGGACUAUCUCAAGCAGGUGCUGGACAUUGAUCUUCAUGCUCAGAUCCAUUUUGGCAGGGUUUUUAUGAAACCAGGCUUGCCAACAACAUUUGCAACUUUGGAUAUUGAUGGUGUAAGAAAAAUAAUCUUUGCACUACCUGGGAAUCCUGUAUCUGCUGUGGUCACCUGCAAUCUCUUUGUUGUGCCUGCACUGAGGAAAAUGCAGGGCAUCUUGGAUCCUCGGCCAACCAUCAUCAAAGCAAGGUUAUCAUGUGAUGUAAAACUUGAUCCUCGUCCAGAAUACCAUCGGUGUAUACUAACUUGGCAUCACCAAGAACCACUACCUUGGGCACAGAGUACAGGUAAUCAAAUGAGCAGCCGUCUGAUGAGCAUGCGCAGUGCCAAUGGAUUGUUGAUGCUACCUCCAAAGACAGAACAGUACGUGGAGCUCCACAAAGGCGAGGUGGUGGAUGUCAUGGUCAUUGGACGGCUAUGAUGGUCACCAGCAGGAGAAAGCUUUGAUGCAUGUCCACAUAUCAUUGACUGUAUCCUGUAAUAUGCAACGGCACAGCUAGUUUUCCCGAUUUGGAUAAAAGUUGAUCUGUAUAGUCAACAUCUUGAACUAUAUUUCAAAUGAAUUUAAAUAUCUUUUAAAGAAAAAAUCACCUAAAAAUAAAUCUUAACAGAAAAUUCUAUUCUGAUUAUAUCAAGGCAAAUUUUUCCUUUCUUGCAAAUUGCUUUGUGUGUUCAAUGCUAGGUCUGAUAGCGAUAGCUUUUAGUAGACAGCGGUAGGUGCCUGCAGAACUUGUGUUUUUCUCAUCUUUAAAAUACAACUACUUAUGCUCUUAAAUCAAGGCUGUCUGCUUAUUUAUACUAGCGUAGGCAACACUUGGAUUUCCCUUCUUAGUAUGCUUCAUAACUGCUUUACAGAGAGCUUUUGCUUGUUCUUUCUCAUGUAUCUCGUGUUUAUGUGCACAGUGCCAAAAGAAGACUGACUGGGUGGAGGCUCUGCCUUGCCUCAAGAACCAUCCCCUGCAGAGCAUCCAGGGAGGUUUCUCGCCCCAAUAGCCUCACGGCACAGUACUCUUGGGCAGUAACUGGACACCUUUUAUUUGAACAAACAAACUGAAGAAAAAAUGCUUCCUUAAGUGCUGACAGCCUUUUUAACCAAUACAUUUAAAAUUGUACAGAACAAAAAAAUAAAAUCAAAGACUGAUCUUGUACAGAUAUUAGUGUUACCAGCAUUCAUGUGGAAAUCAAGAGCAAAGACAAAAUAAUGUUAAACAAUUCUGUACCAUAACAUUUUCUGUAAUGAUACUGAAACUUAAUGAAUAAAAAAAUUCCUUGAUCAUUAUUUAAAAA